AUGGUUAGUAAUGGAGUAAUCAGUGCUGGUAGUAAUGGUGUAAUCAACACUAGUAGUAAUGGUGUAAUCAACACUAGUAGUAAUGGAAUAAUCAGUGCUGGUAGUAAUGGAGUAAUCAACACUAGUAGUAAUGGUGUAAUCAACACUAGUAGUAAUGGUGUAAUCAACGCUAGUACUAAUGGUGUAAUCAGUGCUAGUAGUAAUGGUGUAAUCAACACUAGUAGUAAAGGAGUAAUCAGUGCUGGUAGUAAUGGUGUAAUCAACACUAGUAGUAAUGGUGUAAUCAACACUAGUAGUAAUAGCGUAAUCAGUGCUAGUAGUAAUGGAGUAAUCAGUGUUAAUAGUAAUUCCAUCAGUGCUAGUAAUACUGGCGUGAUCAAUGCUAGUAGUAAUGGAGUAAUCAGUGAUAGUAAUAAUUGCAUAAUCAGUGCUAGUAGUAAUGGCGUAAUCUGCACUAGUGGUAAUAGCGUAAUCAGUGCUCGUAGUAAUGGAGUAAUCAGUGCUAUUAGUAAUGGUGUAAUCAACACUAGUAAUAAUGGUGUAAUCAACACUAGUAGUUAUGGUGCAAUUAACACUAGUAGUAAUGGUGUAAUCAACACUAGUAGUAAUGGUGUAAUCAACACUAGUAGUAAUAGCGUAAUCAGUGCUAAUAGUAAUGGAGUAAUCAGUGUUAAUAGUAAUUCCAUCAUUAGUGCUAGUAAUAAUGGCGUGAUCAAUGCUAGUAGUAAUGGAGUAAUCAGUGAUAGUAAUAAUUGCAUAAUCAGUGCUAGUAGUAAUGGCGUAAUCUGCACUAGUAGUAAUAGCGUAAUCAGUGCUCGUAGUAAUGGCGUAAUCAACACUAGUAAUAAUUGCAUAAUCAGUGCUAGUAGUAAUAGCGUAAUCAACACUAGUAGUAAUAGCGUAAUCAGUGCUAGUAGUAAUGAAGAAAUAAACACUAGUAGUAAUUGCAUAAUCAGUGCUAGUAUUAAUGCUGUAUUCAACACUAGUAAUAGCGUAAUCAGUGCUAGGAGUAACGGUGCAAUCAGUGCUAGUAGUAAUGGUGUAAUCAACACUAGUAUUAAUGGUGUAAUCAACACUUAG